AUGAGCCUUGAAUCGUUGUUUCAACUAAUUUUACUUGCUGAGCAGCAGUUUUCGGAAAAUUCACGUCAACUACACAAAAUUAAGGCUGAAAUCAGCAGUUCUCAAGAAAAAAUUAGAACUUCAACGGAAGUAUUCAAGUGUGCCAAGAGAGAAUUGGACGAAAAGACCAAGCUUCUGGCAGAGACCAAACUACAGCAAGAUAUAGUAAAUAAGUGUCUAGAGCAAAGGGAGAAAUUGAGAGAAGAGCUCUUUCAGGAGCAGAAUAAACUAAAGGAAUGCCUGGAUCAGAUAAGACUACAGGCUUCGGAGGAACAGGAGAAGUUUCUGAACGAUAUAAUGACUUUUAACAGCGAUUACAGCCUGUUAAACAACCGAGAGGCUGUGCUUCACAGCCAAAUGAGAUCUGAGAUAGACACUCUUCAGCUGGAGGAGGACUCUGUAAAGGAAGAGAUGGAAGAUAUGAUUCGGAGUAGCUCUUGUAUGAAUUCCAUACAGACGGAGAAGAGAUCUCUGAUAAGUGAGCUGCAAAAUCUAGAGUCUGAUAACAGAGAGCUGGAGAGAGAGCUGAAGGAGGCAGCAGUACUCACUGAGUCUCUGAGAGCUGAGAGGCUCUCUGUGAGUCAGAAGCCUGUCACCGACAGCACAUGUCUCAGGCUGAAGAAAGAGCUGGAAAUGCAGAAGGAGGGAGAGCUGGAGCUGCUUCACGCAGCUCUGACCUCAGAGAUUCAGUUUCUGAGAUCGGUAAUUACACACAGACACAACCUGAUCUUCCACUAA